UGCUGGCGGUGGUUGUUGUUGGUUGUGGUUAAUGGUGGUUGUUGGUGGUGGUGGUGGUGAUUAGUGGUGGUUGUUGGUGGUGGUUGUUGGUGGUGGUUGUUGGUGGUGAUUAGUGGUGGUGGUUAGUGGUGGUGGUUAGUGGUGGUUAGUGGUGGUUGUUGGUGGUGGUGGUUGGUGGUGGUGGUUGUUGGUGGUGGUGAUUAGUGGUGGUAGUUGGUAGUGGUGAUUAGUGGUGGUUGUUGGUGGUGGUGGUUGGUGGUGGUUGUUGGUGGUGGUGGUUGUUGGUGGUGGUGGUUGUUGGUGGUGGUGGUGGUUGUUGGUGGUUGGUGGUGAUUAGUGGUGGUUGGUGGUGAUUAGUGGUGGUUGGUAGUGGUGAUCAGUGGUGAUUGUUAGUGGUGGUGGUUGGUGGUGAUUAGUGGUGGUUGUUGGUGGUGGUUGUUGGUGGUGGUGAUUAGUGGUGGUUGUUGGUGGUGGUUGUUGGUGGUGGUGAUUAGUGGUGGUUGUUGGUGGUGGUUGUUGGUGGUGGUUGUUGUUGGUGGUGGUUGUUGGUGGUGGUUGGUUGUGGUGGGUGGUGGUGGCGGCAUCGUGACUCUGUGUGCUCCGCUGAGCGAUGGCCGGUCGCGAGGGGGUGACGCUGACUCCCUUCUCGAUCCGCUACAUCCUGGACGGCUCCCACUGCGGGCCGGGGGGCGACUCCCACUGCGGGCCUGGGGGCGACUCCAGCGACGAGGAGGAGGCCAGAUAUCAUGGAGGAGGAGGUGAUGAUGAGGAUGACGAUGACGAGACGUUCUACCCCCCACGUCACUCGAUUCGGGGGCUCCCUUUGACCGGAGACCCCGAGGAGGACCUCUGCGAAUGCCACCGUGACCCCAGCGACGAGGGGGACGAUGGCGACGAUGAUGAUGAAGAAGAGGUGGAGGAGGUUCAAAAAAAGGAGGAAGACGAGGAUGUUGACGAGGAGCCGGUGGGAUUGGACUCGGCGAGAUCGCGUGAUGGACACGCGACUUGCUCACGAGUACCCAGCAUCAGCAGCAGCAUCAGCAGCAUCAUCAUCAGCAGCAUCACCAACAGCAAAAUCACCAAUAGCAUAAUCAGCAGCAACGGCGUCAACAGUAGCAGCAUCAACACCAGCAGUAUCAUCGGCAGCGUCAUCAGCAGCAACAGCAGCAGCAACAGCAGCAGCAUCAGCAGCAGCAUCAGGAACAGCGGUGGGAUCGCCAACACCAGCAGCAUCAGCAGCAGCAACAGCAUCAACAGCAGGAGCAGCAGCAUCAGCAGCAGCAGCAUCAGCAGCCCGUCAAGAAUGGUUGAGACGCCGCGCGGGGGGGACCCCCUCCCUCGGAAGAAGCGGUCCCGAGCGGCCUUCACUCACGCUCAGGUGUUCGAGCUGGAGCGUCGCUUCAGCCAGCAGCGCUACCUCUCGGGUCCCGAGCGCGCCGACGUGGCCGCCACGCUCGGCCUCACGGAGACUCAGGUCAAGAUCUGGUUCCAGAACCGGCGCUACAAGACCAAGAGGCGACACGUGGCGGCAGCGGCAGCGGCGGCGGCCGCGGCAGCAGCGGCGGCGGCAGGGAGUGCUCUGCACCACCACCACCACCACCUCCACCACCACCUCCAGCAGCAGCAGCAACAGGCGACCCUGUGUGCGCUGGAGCAACAACACCACCACCAACAUCUCAACCGCAGCGGCAACCACCACUUCCACGCCCUGCAGCACUACCGGCUACAGCUGCAGCAGCAAUUGCAGCAACGUCAUCGUCAUCAUCAGCAGCAGCUGUCCGUGCCCGCAGCGCGCCGGGUGGCUGUGCGCGUCCUCGUGCAGGAGACGCAGCGGGUCUGUGGGGACCCCCCCGAGGGCCGCCCCGCCAGCACGGCCGGAGUCUUCGCCGGCCUCCCGUCUGGGCCCCAACACGGGCCCCAACACGGGCCCCAACACGGGCCCCAACACGGACCCCAACACGGGCCCUCGUCUGGACCCCAACACGGGCCCCUGUGCGGGGCUCUCGCCGGAGCCCCGGGGCUCGGGGACCUUCGCGCGCUGCUCCCGAUACCCGGAGCUGCGCGAUCGCUGCAGCGCGACCUCGCUUCCUUGGUCCAGCAGCAGCAGCAGAGCGACGCGCUCACGGCGCCCUUCCAGCAGCAGCAGCAGCAGCGGUGA